GCCCGCAUAGACCCCCUUUAUGCGGUAAAUCGUUUUCGUACGAAUUUCCUCGCCCGUCGCAUUACGCGCGCCUCUUUUCCGGGAUACGACCUUUCUCUCUCUCUCUCUCUCUCUCUCUCUCAUCUCUCUUUACAGUCAAAUUCACGAUUUUUCCCCGACCAAAAACCCUCGCCGUACAACCACGAGACUAUAAACCCCCUCCUUCUCCGAUCGAAGUCCUAACCCUAGCAAUGGGGAUCUACGCGGCGGUGGCGGAGGCGAUCCGCCCCUACGCGGGCCUCUCCCCCGCCCCCGCCCUCUUCACCGUCCUCGCCCUCGUCGUUGGCGCCUAUCUCCUCGUCUCCAGCUUCUUCCUCCGCCCCGGUGCCGGCGCCGAGAAGCGCGUCGCCUCACAAGAGGAGCCUAAGGAGUCGCCUCCGCCGCCGAUCGAUACGGCGGAGCCCCAACGGGGUGGGAGCAUCUCCAUGGAGGAGCUCGGGGCACAGGAUGGGGUUGAAGCCGAGGAACGUUCGGUUGCGGCGGAGCCCCUACACGGUGGGGGCAUCACCUUCGAGGUGGAGGAGCCCAGCGCGCAGGACGGGGCCGAAGCCGAGGAACGUUCGAUUACCCUCGAGGAGCCACCGCUGCCGAUACUGUCGCCGAUCGUCGCGGUUGAGCCGAUUCAGGUUGGGGACAUCGCCUUGGAGGAGCUCAAGGGUUACGACGGCUCCGAUCCUAAGAAGCCCCUUUUGAUGGUGAUCAAGGGACAGGUCUACGAUGUCUCGCAAGGAAGGGCGUAUUACGGACCUGGUGGAGAAUAUGCCUUAUUUGCUGGAAGGGAUGCGACUCGAGCCUUGGCACUGAUGUCAUUCGAUCCUGAUGACCUCAAUGGAGACCUCGACGGUUUAAACCCUGACGAGUUGGAAGUCUUACAAGAUUGGGAAGAGAAAUUUAAAGAGAAGUAUGUUCAUGUGGGUCGGCUUGUUUCCAAAAAUGUUAAAGAUGAGGAAAGUGAUAGAAAUAAAGAUCAAUUGGAAAUUACUCCGGUGUCUCAUCAGGAAGGUACAAAUGCAAUUGAGAAGUGAGCAUGGUUAGAUACAUCAAGAUGAAAACAUGAAGAUCCUCAAUUCCUUCCAUGGUAAGAACACCUUCUUGUCACAUGGCUUGUCCAUAAAAGAGCCUUCUUUUUUAGCACCCAACUCACUGUGACCACCUUCUUUACCCUCUUUCUCCUCAUGUGAGGGCUUGUAAAAGGCAAGGCAAUAUGGCUAUUAUGGGAGUGUGGACAAUGACAACCACUCUUUGAUGAGCCCCAUUUCCUUCCUUAAUAAAGAUCAUUUGAUCAGGGUGUUGGUUUGUGGUUCAUAUGUUGAGCAACAACAUCCCACACACACUAUCCUUUAAAUAAAUGGGAAGAGCACAUAAAAGAAAAGGGAGAAAAGCCAUGCUUGUGAUCUUUCCCUUCACUGGUGUAAAGGGAUCCACAUUUGAGUGUUCUAGGAGUGUAUUCCUCUAGUGAAUCUACUGUUUCCUGGAAAUUAAAAGCUGUUGUUAAUACAUGUAGUAUUAAAUGGUAAUGCCUGAUCAGAGCAUGUUAUAGGCAAAUUUUGAAAAGUAUUAUCUUUUUAUGAUCA